AUGGACAGGUUGCAGUCAUCCGGGUAUGGGUAUGGUCCGCUGAGUGAAAUGCAAAAGUCGUCCGUCCGUCUCCCCGUCAAUCCUUUGCCGGUGGACGCACUGAACCCCUUUCAGGCCCCUUCAGACCAGACGAUCAAGAAAGUAACAGCCUUGGAGACUUCCAUGAUGGAGAUCAAACGGCGUCUGGAUGACUGGACGGAGGUCACGCGACAAGGAAUUGCAGAUUUGCGGGCCGAGAUUGGUGCGGUCAAGCUCGAGCAGCGCUUUUCGCAGACCUUGCGAAAUGCGCCAAACGAAGGAGAUGCGCUGAAUGGUUUGCGGCAGGACGCAACCACCGGUACUCCUUUGGAGGGUGGAAAGCAGACGGAAGACGUUGGUGAGGACCUAAAGCAUCGCUUCGAGGUUUUUGAGGAGAAGCUGUCCGCCAUCCACAGCGAGCACAUGUUGGACACAACUUCCAUUAGAGAACGGCUGGAGGCUGCUUUACAGCAAAGUGACAGUCAGACCUCGCGAGCGGAUGAACUCCAGGCACUCCUCAAGGAAGAAGAGGGCCGUCGUACAUUGCUCUUCGUCCGUCUCGAAGCUGUGGAGGCUUCGCUGCAAGACCUGCGAACGAAUCAGCGGGACAUGGCUUCGGCAAAUGAGGUGACGGAGAGGGUCUUGAAGGGUGAGCUGAAGAAGGAGGCAUCUGGAAUGCUUCAGGAACUUGACGUUCGCCUCAAAGCCCUGGAAAGCUCAGCCAUCGCGACAGACACAGUCGCUGCGGAUCAGAGCAACGCUGCUGCCGACCUGGGCGAAAUCCGGGCAUCGCUUUUGUCAUCAACAAACGACAUUCUGCGCUUGGCCAAGGAAGUCGCAACGAUCCGGGAGGAACAUGAUCAAGCGAUUGGAGACCUUGGCAGUCUCACCGAACGUGUGGCCAAGUCCGCCAUUGCGGGCAUUCAGCGUUCGGAGGUGGAGCUGUCUCAGCUCAUCCUAGCACGGGUGGAACCCCGCGUCGCUUCCUUGGAGGCAAAGAUGGGCGGCACCCAGGCAGAGGACCUCAUGGAGUCCACCGAAACGGGGAUCAUGGGAGCCACCAGGCAUGUGGCUGAAACAUCUUCCUCCGAGGUAAAGCCCAGCUGGGUCGCACAGGACGAGAGGAAAAGCCAGGGUGAAGGCCCAGACAAUCUUCGGCAGGGUGUCAAAGACAAGCUGCAGGGAAUUACAAACGCGGUUCAGCAGGUCCUGGGGGCCCUCGAGUCUGGCGAGAAAGUCGGUGAGACUAGACCGCCAGGAAAUCUUGACAAGCAGCGCACGCAAGAGAGCUUGCAACCGACGAGCGCACGCGUUGCCGAGGCACGUGAUUUCUGGCAAGGUCCUCUUGGACGACUGCAAGAGGAGGAUGGUGCUCUUCAGGAGGUGUCGAGGGCGUGCCCAUUGGCACUUUCACCACGCGGGCCCGGACUCGCUCCCGACCGUCCUGUCUCGCCAGAACGGGCCGUGGCUGGGUCGGGGCUGGCCAGCCUUGGCCUCAGCGGGCACGGAACCGGACAUGGACGCUCCUCAAGGCCGCGGGCUUUUGCACCGGUUUCGUGGGACAAAUCGCCAACGACAUCGACAGAGAAUCUGCUGAGCCACAGUCUUCCAUUCGGCCCUUCUGGCGGCACAAGGCCGACGGCUUCUCUGCCGGCAGGUUACCGCGAGAUUCCAGGAGCCGACUCCGCGAGGUGCCAGCUCUCCGCUGGGAUCCCCUUGGCACAAGCCCACCCAGCAGCAUCGCCUGCACGCCCGAGUGUCGUGCAGCCGUGGCACGUGCUGACAGCGAGUCGCACAUUGCCCACGAAGGCGCCUAUCAAUGGCUGCCGGAACUCCCUCACCCAGGGCCUCCGGACCCGGCAAGCAUUGUGA